GAGGAACAUCAUGACAAACCUGGAGAAAAACCUUUGAGUCGCUCAAAGACUAAAAAGACUUUUUUAAAGAAAAGAGUCAAGAAAUCUACAACCUGCACUCAGUGUGGAAAGAGUUUCUCAUACAAAUGUCAAUUUGAGCGUCACAUGAGAGUUCAUACAGGAGAGAAGCCACACACAUGUGAUCAGUGUGGAAAGAGCUACAGUCAAUCAUCACACCUUAAAGAACACAUGAGGAUCCACACUGGAGAGAGACCGUUCACAUGUGAUCAGUGUGACAAAGUAUUUCUUAGGGAAUCAACCUUAAAGAAACACCUGACAGUUCAUACAAAGGAGAAGCCACAUUCAUGUUCUGUGUGUGGAAAGAGUUUUUCACAGCUGCAAUAUUUACAUGCGCAUCAGAAAACACACGCUGAUGUGAGAGAGUACAUGUGCUUUGAGUGUGAGAAGACGUUUACAACAGCAAGAUGUUUAAUACAGCACCAGAGAAUUCACACUGGAGAGAAACCUUACAAGUGUUCACAGUGUGACAAGAGAUUCAGUCAGUUAGCAAAUCUGAAAACACAUGAGAUGAUUCACAGCAGAGAGAAACCUUACAAGUGUUCACAGUGUGACAUGAGAUUCAGUCAGUCAUCAUCUCUGAAAACACAUGAGAGGAUCCACACUGGAGAAAAACCUUACAAGUGUUCACACUGUGACAAGAGAUUCAGCGUCUCAUCAAAUCUGAAAACACAUGAGAGGAUCCACACUGGAGAAAGAUCUUACAAGUGUUCACACUGUGACAAGAGAUUCAAUCAGUCAGGAACACUGAAAUCACAUGAGAUGAUCCACACUGGAGAAAAACCUUACAAGUGUUCACACUGUGACAAGAGAUUCAAUAAGUCAUCAUCUCUGAAAAGACAUGAGAGGAUCCACACUGGAGAGAAGCUGCACACGUGUGAUCAGUGUGAAAAGAGUUUCACUAUUAAAAAUCAACUGAAGAUACACAUGAAGAUCCAUGCAGUGGAGAAACCACAUCACCAAGGCCUGAAAUCACAAUAAGUAGUUCAUCUUUGUGCUGAGAAACAACGUCUCUUCUAAGGCUACGUUUACACGUGGGCGGCUAUUUUCAUAAACGGACAUUUCAACCUCUCCGGUUUCAAAAAUAACAUCGUGCACACAUGUCAGUUUUCAGAAAAGUGUUCAUUUACACGUACCCGUGUAUAUAUGCCGUCAAGAAUGUAACGAGCAGCUCAAGCCCACGUAAGCCAAUCAGAAUCCUGAAAAAGAAUCCCGAAUUCCUCUUGAAGUGAUUCGAAGUUGUUGCAAAAUUGCUGAUCUCCAAGCACUCAUUCGUCUCUGCUCCUCGACAUAAUGGAGCAGCUGUAUUUGCAAAUGCAAACACACGAGAAGAGUUUGCACCAACAUAAAUGCGACUGUUACUCUAAACGCUUUCAUGAUCACAUGUAAACAUAGGUCGCACUUUUUGACAUAGGUGCGAGCUCUGGCGCAUACUGUGACGUUGGCUGCCUAAACACCCGUUUGUCUCAGUUUACAUGCAAACGUGCAAACGAAGAUUUUCAAAAUCUCCACUCUGGCCGGAGUUUUUAGAAAGACUCGUUUUCAGAGGCGAAUUCUCCGUUUGCGUGUAAACGAAGGGCGCAAACGAAGGGAAAUGUCUCCGUUUUUCAAAAUAACCAUGUACGUGUAAACGGGGCCUAAGACACACACCAAAUCUCUCCUCUCCACCUAUAGUUGGCGCUGUUACUCUGUGUCUGCUGUUGAAUUAUCCUGGUUUUGGAUGAGGAGUGACCCCUGAUGUGAUUGUGAAGCAUUUAGGGUGUACGGUAGUACAUAGUAAAGUGCUAUAUAAAUGCCUCAUUCAUUCAUAGUUAUCAAUUUCUCAAUAUGCGUUCUUGUCUGUUCUUGUGAAAUGUCAUCAGUCGCUGUCCAAGUACUGUUUCAAUUCAAAGUUCACAUCUAGCCAAGUACAGUUCAAAUCCCUGGAUGUGUUCUUGAUACACCCUUUUUAUCACGGAUGCAUCGAGAAGUGACUUGUGUGGACAGCCAGAAUGCAUCUUGCACUAACCAACAAGUGUCAGUAGCAGAGGAGAAAACCCAUGUAACAUACUACUGUUAUGUAAUAAUAUGUAGUUUUAAGAGUUUUCAGGCAAGAGUGUACUGGUUUGAAGCUCAAAUUUGUGGUUUAUUGAGAGAAUAAAGUUAUGCCUUUCUUUACGUGAAUAUUUUGGUGGCGCUAUGCAAAUC